AUGGAGAGAAUCCACGAUCAAAGCCUUUCUGAACGACUCGAUCGCAGAUAUUUCCACCAUCUUCAACAACCAUCGAUUGAAUCAGAAGACAUUUAUUUUUCAGGACAAAGCUUCUUUCUCCCCCGAACGCCGGAGACAACGUGGUCAAAGGAUGAGGCAACCAUACUAGCCCAAGAAGUCUCUCAAUCGCCCGCUGAGUCGAACCACAGAACACAUGAUCCUAGUUCACAUAACCGCGGUUCCUCUGGCUGGCCCUUGACUGAAAAAUACUAUUCCCUCUCUGAAGACCGCGAUAGAUCAUGCCCCAAAGGCACUUUGAUCAAGACUAUUAUCCUCCCAACAAUCAUCAUAAUAUUUCCCAUGACGAUGCUUGUUGCUGGCCUCCUUGGGUUGAUCUUUGGGUACAGGGUCAAAUCAGAGGACAGCCUUUUCACCGACGUCUCUAACUCGGGUGUCUUGCGAGACCGUAGCGUUGUCCUGGUCGACUAUUCUGCAACUCGAAUUGUCUUUGUCGCAUCAUGGGCCUCGACACUCGCACCAUUACUCGCCGGCUUUGUCAUGAGCUUGGACAGCUUCCGCACGGCACUGGUGAUGUUUCGUUCCUCGUCAAGUGCUGAACAAACCGAGUUACCCACUCCUUACCAGUACAGCCUUCUUGUCGGUCUAUGUUUGGCUUCUAUAGGGCGAUUGCGACGCUAUUUCUCCUAUUCGGCAGAAAACGAUAUUAUUGUUCCACCUAUCCUUCGCCGAGCAGCACGCACCUUGACUUUGACCCUAGUGCUGGCAUGCAUUGUGUUCGCGGCCGACACUGCAGUCCACUAUUCUACUUCUACCAUAGCAUUCGAUCAGAUCACCAUCUCCAGCGAAAAACUCGCUUACGGACGUGCCCUCUCGGAAGCAUGUCUCACCCUUAGUCGUCUCGACAAUUUAGGUCUCCCGUGCUCCCGUAAUGGUAUUACCGCGGUAGAUGACUAUGAUACCUACGCUGCUGGACAGAACGAGAUUUUCUUCCUUAAUCACGACACCAGCAGUACAUCACAGAUUGCUCUCGUUGACUCGGACCCUACAAAGGGUAACAACGCCUCCACCCAGAUCGCCCUGUUGAUACCUCAACCAUCAACUCUUAGCCCAUUCCGAGAUUAUCGAGCGGAGACGGCAGGUGUCAUGAUGACCUGCGAGCCAGUGACUAACACCAAGUGCAAGUGGACCGACGGGGUGUUGGGUGAGGAGACCUUCUCGCAAUUCAACUGCAGCGAUAAUUUUUACGGCAUUCUGGGCAAAAUGGCCAAGAUCGACGACUCGGGUCAUUUGAUAAACGACCCAGACGUCCCAACAUUAGCGACCAAACCAGGUUCAGUAAUUCAGUACGCCUACUUCGAAGAUUCAGACUUGAAUAUCCCUUACGAUCCUGUUGGUAACCUCGGAACAUUCCUAGAAGACUCACAGCUCAUCAAUCCGGUCCAUGUAGCUAUCGCCGCACGCUUCGCCACCAUCUCCCAGCACGCGGGUGUCGACAUGACUUCCGAUCCCGGCAUCCACCACGUCGGCGAGACCAUGAACCUCGACCUCGUACUGAACUGCCAAUACACGACAUACGCCGUCGACUACAGCUGGGUAAAUUCGUCGGCGCGCGUCAACAAAAUGGCCGCAUCUCCGAACGGCACCCUCGCCGAGAUCUUCCACGGCUACAACCUCGCCGGCGGAUUCAGCAGCUUCGACAAUGACCUGGCAGACUCGGUCCUGCAAGCCGCACUGACCAAGAACUCGACCGAGUUCGCCGAGUCGCUCGCCAACGGCUACGCGAAACGCAUCAUGAGCGUCAUCGGCCCGUUCCUCUCUCCGCGCGAGAACAUCGAAGAGCAGACUCGCACCCCACUGCUGGUAGCCAAGGUUCCCAAAGCGCCACUCGCCAUCCUCGUCGCGUGUUGUCUGGCGUACGUCAUCUUCGGGAUCACGGCUGCGACGUUCGCGUACCGCUCGCUGCGCGAGCUCGACGUACGUGAUCUGGCCUUCCGCUUCAGUCUACCCGCUCUGGGCCUCCACGCGUUCCGUGACAAUCUGACUGAUGCUGCGGCUGUGGAGACGGGGAAGGAUGGCCAUCGUGUCUUCGAGGAGAACAAGAUCGGGGUAGAGCGCGUAAGGGUUGGUGUGCACGGCGCGCCGAAGAUUGGAUUCGAGUUGAGGAGUUUCAUAUAG